GCCUCCCCCCUCCCGGGCCCGGCACCCUCCAUCAUAUAAAGAAACUUCCCGGGGCCGCCGGCCCAGUCGCGCUGCACCCGACGGAGUGCAGGCGCCGGCCGUGCCCGCUCCGGCGUCCGGCGCAGCCCCCACAGAGCUGGUGCUCAGCCACGUGCAGUGCGGUGGGCUCAGCAACGUGCCCCUAACCCCGAUCCCCUGACACAAGUGGCAUGAACUUAGAGCCUGGCGAGUGCGGGAUGAACUCGGUGAGCUGCGGCAACGGGAAGCUCCGCCAGUGGCUGAUCGACCAGAUAGACAGUGGCAAGUACCCAGGGCUGGUGUGGGAGAAUGAUGAGAAGAGCAUCUUCCGCAUCCCCUGGAAGCACGCUGGCAAGCAAGACUAUAACCGCGAGGAGGAUGCUGCCCUCUUCAAGGCUUGGGCUCUUUUUAAAGGGAAGUUCAGAGAAGGCAUUGAUAAACCAGAUCCCCCUACCUGGAAGACCAGAUUGAGGUGUGCUUUGAACAAGAGCAACGACUUUGAAGAGCUGGUGGAGAGAAGCCAGCUGGACAUCUCAGAUCCCUAUAAAGUGUACAGAAUAGUGCCAGAAGGAGCUAAAAAAGGUGCAAAACAGACCAGCUUGGAGGAGCAGCCAUUGAUGAACCAUCCCUUCUCAAUCCCGUCUCCUUAUACCUCACUACCAUCCCAGGUACCCAACUACAUGGUGCCCCAUGAGCGCAACUGGAGAGAAUUUGCCCCGGAACAGCCGCAUCCCGAUAUUCCCUACCAGUGUGCCAGCGUCCCCUUCCCAGCUCGUGGUCAUCACUGGCAAGGGCCCGGCUGUGAGAAUGGUUGUCAGGUGACAGGAACCUUUUAUGCUUGUGCCCCUCCCGAGUCCCAGACUCCUGGCAUCCCGAUUGAGCCAAGCAUAAGGUCUGGUGAAGCCCUCGCCCUGUCAGAUUGUCGGCUCCACAUCUGCUUAUAUUACCGCGAGAUACUGGUAAAGGAGGUGACAACUACUAGCCCUGAAGGCUGUAGGAUAUCCCAGGGCCAAAGUUAUGAGGUUAGCAGCCUGGAACAAGUCAUCUUCCCUUAUCCAGAGGAUAAUGGCCAGAGGAAGAACAUAGAAAAGCUGCUGAGCCACUUGGAGCGAGGAGUAAUACUGUGGAUGGCACCCGAUGGCCUCUAUGCUAAGAGACUUUGUCAAAGUAGAAUCUACUGGGAUGGGCCCCUGGCUCUCUGCAGUGACCGACCCAACAAGCUGGAGCGGGAUCAGACAUGCAAGCUCUUUGAUACUCAGCAGUUUUUAGCAGAGCUUCAAGCCUUUGCUCAUCAUGGACGUCCACUUCCAAGGUACCAGGUUGCUCUGUGCUUUGGGGAGGAAUUUCCAGAUCCACAGAGGCAGCGGAAGCUAAUUACAGCCCAUGUUGAACCCAUGUUUGCCAGGCAGCUGUAUUACUUUGCGCAACAAAACAGUGGACAUCUUCUGAGAGGCUAUGAUUUACCAGAACUCGUGACUAGUCCAGAGGAUUAUCACAGAUCUAUUCGCCAUUCCUCUAUUCAAGAAUAAGAUCCUCAGAAUAAGUGUUUCUAAAGGCACUGUAAAGAUUGUGCAGAGUGGAGGAGCUGAUCUGGAUAGCAAUUUGGAGAGCCAAAUCACAGCUGGAUGUGUUCAGGGGACCAAGGGUUCAGUGAUAGGAAAGUGAACUGGGACAACCAUAUUGUAUGAUACAAAUGACGGGUCUUCAACGUUUGGAUGCUACAUCUCACAUAAGUUCCACUGUUGCUGGGAAUAACUCAAAACUGACGAAAUGAUUGCUGUUUACAUUUGCUUAAUGUUCUCCUUGUGUUGUGAGGACUGAUUCUUACCGAAGACUUAAAUCCAGAGUUUACACUGUUACAUUUGCAGGGCUAUUUAUUUUGGAUUGCCGAUCUCAGGGAAGGUACAUAGAUUUGCGGUGUUCCCAGUUUGAAGCUGUAGCUACUGUAGAUAGGUAGUGAAUGUAGAUGGUUUAUUGAGAAUAGCUAUACAUGUAAGUGGUUUUAAAUUUAGACUGAUAAGUGCGAUACCUAUAUUCUUUAGAAGAAUUUUAGAAUUUUUUAAAAACAAUGUAAAUCUUCAGAGACAUAUUUUUUUAAUACAUGACUGACGUUUUUCCUUACAAUGCCACUUUGCUGCCACUGUUAGUAUUGGAUUAGGCCCCUUGAUAGCAGUUUCUAAGCUGUUGAGUUUGUGGUACUGUGUUAUGACCAUUUAACUCACCUUACCUGUGGAUUAAAGUGAAUUAACCACUAUAAUUCUAGAGUCCCAAAAAGCAUAUUUAAAAAUAAAUCACACUUUUUCUUACCAUUGCAAGCUACUAUGCAUUAUACGUAUAUGUCCAUUAGAAUUAAGUUGGCAGACAUGGAAAAUAGCGCAGGAGUAGUCCUGCUAGCCUUCGUUAAUGUGACACACAGGAGGCAAGCUGAAGUGAUCACCACUUCUGGUUUGCUCUGAGCUGAGCUCUGCUCUUGGUGUGCACUCACAGCUUCCUUCCAUUGGUACUGAAAUGAAUAUGAAGGGAGAGAUUGAGGAGAGCAGAACCUGGCCUCCCAAACUAAGACAGUCAAGAAAAUACUUGUUUGUUUUCGAAAUCUUUACAAAGGUAUGACUUCAUGCAGUUUGCAGCCUUGCGUGCUAGGGUGCCAUUACAGAGGUGAAGAGAAGGGGUCUGUUGAGUCUGUGUGGUAGUAAAACCUCGCUGUUACACUGGAGAUCAGACUGUAUGAUCUCGCUGCUUCAGCUCAGAGUAUAACCUCCCUGUGGUUAACAUACGUACUUCACUUGAGUUUCUAAAUGAAGAAGAAAUAAAUGGUACUUAGUCAGGCAGCAGACUUGUUUUCUAGGGACUUCUAACUUAUACAUCUUAAAGAUGCAUACUCUCUUGGGAUAUGUUAUCCCCUUCCUGCUCCACAGUGCCAGACAGAAUUAAUGGAUCAUUUUUACUUUGUUACCUGAGAUGUUUUUCCUGGCUUAAAGAUUUUAAUAGGGGAGACCUCUUCCGCAGAUGUGAAAAGCACUGUUCUAGGUGACCUUUAGAGCUUCUGCAUAUGCUUCUGGUUUGAGCAUACAUUUUACUGGAAUGGACUUUUGAGUUCAAACUGGACUGGUACGAUACAAUAUAAUACCUGAUAUUUUUCACUUUUUUUCCUAGUGGCCGUUGCUUCAUAUGCUCAUCGCUUCAGCUCAUGUCUUAGAAUAAAGUCCUUAUUCCCUACCAAUUUGAUUUGUAUGUGUUGC